GACUAUACACUGUCCAGCCACCACGAAUCCAACCCAACCCCCUUCUCUCCCUGUCUCUCUGUCCUCCCAUCCUUUCCCAUUUCACUCUUCGAUCAACCGCCAUUUGAAGAACUAUUCUCCCCUCCCCGAUCCUCCGCCAAUUUCACUGCUACCCGAUUCUCCGAUCUCAAGCAGACGCAAACCACUCGCAUGUAUAAUCCAUUUUCGCAUCUGCUGAUGUCUGCAUUUCGUUGCCGAUGUUGAUCGAAGUUUGAUUGCCAUUUUGAUUCGAUUGAUCAGUCGCGGCGAUAAUUAGGGUCUUGCGUUGGCCAGUGAGGGGAACGGUUGAGGCUAAUUUUCACAUACGUAGCGAAAACAUAUGAAUAUUGUGUACGAAUGUUUGAUUAUGUGUUCGUUAGUCUACACUGAUUUCUGACCGUCUUGCUGAUUCGGUUCGAAUUUGGCUAGGGUUUGAUUUCUGCUGAUCAGUUCGGGCAAGGGAUAGAGUUUUGUUACUUAGGGUUUGCUUUGAGCAGUGCGAAGAGCGUUCCGAGGGGAAAUCUUGGGUGAAUUUUGCGUGGUGAAGGUUCCAAAUUGUUCAUACUUUGAAUCACUGAUGAGAGAUAGGGUUUUGUUGGAUAGAGUUUGGGUUUGAUUAACAAUAGAGUUUUCAGCGUAAACGUGAAGCACUGGGGGCGAAUCAGUCUCGGCAGAGCGGGCCGUCGGCGGUGCCCGGUUCGGGACUAUGGUUUUUUCUCCGCCCUAGCCCGCCUCGAACCCACACUCUCGCGUACCUUCCUCAUAUGGAUUUUGUAAGCCGACAUGUUGUCGCCUCCGAUAACCACCAACCUCCGCCAGAAUCAUCCACCUCAGCCCCAUCUCCACAUCCUAACUCAGUUGAAGAGCAGGAGUACCUGGCCCGGUACAUGGUGGUUAAGCACUCAUGGCGAGGCCGGUAUAAGAGAAUUCUCUGCAUAUCCAAUUUCUCGAUCAUUACACUAGACCCUUCGACACUCUCUGUGACAAAUUCUUAUGACGUGGGGAGUGAUUUUGAAGGGGCGGCACCUAUUUUAGGGAGGGAUGACAGUUCGCAGGAAUUUAACAUCAGUGUUCGAACUGAUGGCCGUGGGAAGUUCAAAAAUAUUAAGCUUUCUUCAAAGUACAAGGGGAGCAUUUUGACUGAGUUGCACAGAAUAAGGUGGAAUAGGAUUGGGCCAAUUGCAGAAUUUCCUGUCCUUCAUCUUCGCCGAAGAACUUCGGAAUGGGUUCCUUAUAAAAUGAAAGUUACCUAUGUUGGAGUUGAACUUAUUGAAUUAAGAUCUGGAGAUCUUCGUUGGUGCUUGGAUUUUAGAGACAUGGAUUCACCUGCAAUAAUAUUGCUAUCUGAUACUUAUGGGAAGAAAAAUGUUGAGCAUGGAGGUUUUGUUCUUUGUCCUUCAUAUGGAAGAAAAUCUAAAGCUUUUCAAGCUGCUUCAGGGACUUCAAACACUGCUAUCAUAUCCAAUUUGACAAAAACUGCAAAGUCAAUGGUUGGGUUGUCACUAUCCAUGGAUAGUUCCCAAUUACUCACUCCUGCUGAGUAUAUUAAAAGACGGGCCAAGGAGGCUGUUCGGGCAGAAGAAACUCCUUGUGGUGCUUGGGCUGUAACAAGAUUGCGAUCUGCUGCUCGUGGAACUUUAAAUGUUUCGGGUUUGAGUUUGGGAAUUGGACCAAAGGGAGGACUUGGGGAACAAGGUGAUGCUGUAUCUCGUCAACUCAUUCUUACAAGGGUAUCACUUGUUGAAAGGCGACCAGACAACUAUGAAGCCGUUAUUGUCCGUCCUUUAUCUGCAGUCAGCUCUCUUGUUCGAUUUGCUGAGGAGCCCCAGAUGUUUGCAAUUGAAUUUAGUGAUGGAUGCCCAAUUCAUGUUUAUGCUAGCACAUCACGUGAUAGCUUGCUUGCAGCAGUUCGGGAUGUGUUGCAAACAGAAGGUCAAUGCCCAGUACCUGUACUCCCAAGGUUAACAAUGCCUGGUCAUCGAAUUGAUCCACCUUGUGGGAGAGUUCAUUUGCAAAUGAAACAAAUUUCUAUUGGACAACGUCCUGUUGCUGACAUGGAAACUACAAAUAUGCAUUUGAAACACUUGGCAGCUGUUGCCAAGGAUGCUGUGGCUGAAGGAGGUUCCAUUCCUGGAUCAAGAGCUAAGUUGUGGCGUAGAAUAAGAGAGUUCAAUGCAUGUAUUCCUUAUAGUGGAGUGCCUCCUAACAUUGAAGUACCUGAAGUGACUUUGAUGGCUUUGAUCACAAUGCUCCCAGCUGCGCCGAAUCUCCCCCCAGAGUCUCCUCCCUUGCCUCCCCCUUCUCCUAAAGCAGCUGCAACUGUGAUGGGUUUCAUUGCAUGUUUGCGCAGACUGCUGGUAUCAAGAAGUGCUGCGUCACAUGUGAUGGCUUUCCCAGCUGCUGUUGGAAGAAUAAUGGGUUUACUUAGAAAUGGUUCAGAAGGGGUUGCUGCUGAAGCUGCUGGAUUAAUUGCAGUGCUUAUAGGUGGUGGUCCUGGUGAUAUGAAUAUACAGACAGACACAAAAGGAGAGUGGCAUGCUACAAUUAUGCACACAAAGUCUGUAUUAUUUGCUAAUAUUAGCAAUGUUAUUAUCCUUGUCAACAGACUAAAACCUAUGUCUAUAUCGCCUUUGUUAUCAAUGUCUGUUGUGGAAGUUCUUGAGGCAAUGAUCUGUGAACCACUUGGUGAAACUACUCAAUAUACUGUUUUUGUUGAAUUGUUACGCCAAGUUGCAGGCUUGCGACGUCGCUUGUUUGCACUGUUUGGUCAUCCUGCUGAAAGUGUAAGAGAGACAGUUGCUGUGAUCAUGCGCACAAUUGCAGAAGAAGAUGCAAUUGCAGCAGAGUCCAUGCGUGGUGCUGCUUUACGUGAUGGAGCUUUAUUGCGGCAUCUGCUACAUGCUUUUUUCCUUCCUGCUGGUGAACGUCGUGAAAUUAGCCGACAGCUUGUUGCUCUUUGGGCAGAUUCUUAUCAACCUGCUCUUGACUUGCUGUCUAGAGUGCUUCCUCCUGGGCUUGUUGCUUAUCUGCAUACACGCUCAGAUGGGGUUUCUCCUGAAGGUGCAGAAACUAUAUCUAGUCAAGAAGGAUCGUCGUCCUUGAGUAGAAGACAGAGACGAUUGCUUCAGCAGAGGAGGAGGGGUUCAGGAAAAGGAAUAACUUCCCAGGGUCCCCCCAUGUCUCCAGUUAGUAACUUUGAAGGUGAUCCAGGCCGGCUGACAAGUGCUGGUGGUUUGAAGGGUUCAGAUAGCUCCCAAAAACCUACGGCAGAUCCAAUUUCCUCACAGGUUCCUGCCACAAGCUCUUAUCCAGUUUAUUCAGGUGAUAACUUGCCUAGUGAAUUGCCUUCCACAGGUGCUCCACAAGUGGAUUAUUCAACAACUAUAGCUUCGUCAGGUCCUCAAUCAGUGAAUGCUUCUGCUUCUGUUCAAUUGGAUGCUUCAAGUCCAGUUAAUUCUGACUCUAAUGUGGUUGGUUUACAAAAUGCAAGUGUUCCUGCUCCUGCUCAGGUUGUUGUGGAGAACACACCUGUUGGUUCUGGCAGGCUACUUUGUAACUGGCCUGAAUUUUGGCGAGCUUUUAGUCUUGAUCAUAACCGGGCAGAUUUGAUAUGGAAUGAGAGGACCCGGCAGGAGUUGAGACAGGCUUUGCAGGCGGAGGUUCAUAACUUAGAUGUUGAGAAGGAACGCACAGAAGAUAUUGUUCCUGGAGGGUCUGCUGUGGAGAUUAUGACUGGGCAAGAUAGUGUUCCUCAGAUAUCAUGGAAUUAUACUGAGUUUUCUGUUAGCUACCGUAGCUUGUCAAAAGAAGUCUGUGUGGGCCAAUAUUACUUGCGUUUGCUGCUGGAGAGUGGAAGCAGUGGCAGGGCCCAGGAUUUUCCAUUGCGUGACCCAGUUGCUUUCUUUAGAGCCUUGUAUCAUCGCUUCCUGUGUGAUGCAGACAUAGGACUUACUGUAGAUGGUGCUGUUCCUGAUGAAAUGGGCGCAUCUGAUGAUUGGUGCGACAUGGGAAGAUUGGAUGGUUUUGGGGGAGGGGGAGGCUCUUCAGUCAGAGAGCUGUGUGCAAGGGCAAUGGCAAUUGUAUAUGAGCAACAUUAUGGAACAAUCGGCCCUUUUGAAGGCACAGCGCAUAUUACAGUUCUUUUGGAUAGGACUGAUGAUAAAGCUUUGAGGCAUCGCCUUCUUCUACUUCUGAAGGUUUUAAUGAAAGUUCUAUCAAAUGUAGAGGCUUCUGUACUAGUUGGAGGGUGUGUACUAGCUGUUGAUCUGCUGACAGUAGUUCAUGAAGCUUCAGAAAGAACAGCUAUUCCUUUGCAAUCCAAUUUGAUAGCUGCUACUGCUUUCAUGGAGCCACUUAAGGAAUGGAUGUAUGUUGACAAGGAAGGCGCACAAGUUGGACCCCUGGAAAAGGAUGCUAUCAGAAGGCUGUGGUCAAAGAAAGCUAUUGAUUGGACAACACGGUGCUGGGCAUCAGGGAUGCUAGACUGGAAGAGAUUGAGAGAUAUACGUGAACUUCGUUGGGCUAUGGCUCUUCGGGUUCCUGUUCUUACCCCAACCCAGGUAGGGGAAGCUGCAUUGUCCAUAUUACACAACAUGGUGUCUGCACAUUCAGAUUUAGACGAUGCUGGAGAAUUAGUAACUCCAACUCCUAGGGUAAAGCGGAUCUUGUCAAGUCCUCGCUGUCUUCCACAUAUUGCACAGGGUAUGCUUACAGGGGAACCAAGUAUUGUAGAGGCUGCUGCUGCUUUGCUGAAGGCUGUUGUCACCAGAAAUCCAAAGGCAAUGAUGAAGCUAUACAGUACAGGAGCAUUUUAUUUUGCUUUGGCUUACCCUGGUUCAAAUCUCUUCUCAAUUGCCCAACUCUUCUCAGUUACUCAUCUCCAUCAAGCUUUUCAUGGCGGUGAAGAAGCUGCAGUUUCUUCUUCAUUGCCAUUGGCAAAACGGAGUGUGUUGGGUGGGCUUCUUCCUGAGUCCUUGCUUUAUGUACUGGAUCGAAGUGGUCCUGCUGCAUUUGCAGCAGCAAUGGUUUCUGAUUCUGACACUCCAGAAAUUAUAUGGACUCACAAAAUGAGGGCAGAGAAUCUCAUCCGUCAGGUUUUGCAGCAUUUGGGUGACUUCCCCCAGAAAUUAUCCCAGCAUUGCCAUUCUUUAUAUGAUUAUGCUCCUAUGCCGCCAGUGACAUAUCCUGAGUUAAAGGACGAAAUGUGGUGUCACCGUUAUUACCUCCGUAACUUAUGUGAUGAGAUUCGAUUUCCUAAUUGGCCAAUAGUUGAACAUGUUGAGUUCCUUCAGUCAUUGCUCGUAAUGUGGCGUGAAGAGCUGACACGGAGACCUAUGGAUCUUUCCGAAGAAGAAGCUUGCAAAAUUCUAGAGAUAUCCUUGGAUGAUGUGUCCAAAGAUGAUGCCAUUAAAAAUCAUUCUGAGGAGAUUCCUAAUAUAUCCAAACAAAUUGAGAAUAUUGAUGAAGAAAAACUAAAGAGACAAUACAGAAAGCUUGCCAUGAAAUAUCAUCCAGACAAAAAUCCAGAAGGGAGGGAAAAGUUUCUUGCAGUGCAGAAAGCUUAUGAACGUUUGCAGGCUACCAUGCAAGGGUUGCAAGGUCCCCAAGCUUGGAGGUUACUUCUUUUACUGAAGGGGCAAUGCAUCCUAUACAGACGAUAUGGAAAUGUAUUGGAGCCUUUUAAAUACGCUGGAUAUCCCAUGCUGUUGAAUGCAGUCACAGUGGACAAUGAUGACAACAAUUUUCUUUCUUCUGAUAGAGCACCUCUCCUUAUUGCAGCUUCUGAGCUCAUCUGGCUGACGUGUGCAUCUUCUUCACUGAAUGGUGAAGAACUUGUGAGAGAUGGUGGAAUACAGCUUCUUGCAACUCUUCUCUCACGCUGCAUGUGUGUUGUCCAGACAACUACCCCUGCAAGUGAACCAUCUGCCAUUAUUGUUACAAAUAUCAUGCGAACAUUUUCUGUUUUAAGCAGGUUUGAAAGUGCCUGGCCUGAGAUACUUGAAUUUUCUGGACUUGUUGAGGACAUUGUUCACUGCACUGAAUUAGAGCUUGUACCUGCUGCUGUUGAUGCUGCCCUUGAGACUAUUGCUAGUGUUUCAGUCUCCUCUGAACUGCAAGCAGCUUUACUGAAGGCUGGUGUGUUAUGGUACCUUUUGCCAUUAUUGCUUCAAUAUGAUUCAACCGCAGAGGAAUCUGAUGCAAUCGGGGCACAUGGCGUUGGUGCUAGUGUUCAAGUUGCCAAAAAUUUGCAUGCCAUACGGGCAUCUCAGGCCUUGUCAAGGCUCAGUGGUUUGGGUACUGAUGAGAAUUCAACACCUUAUAAUGGGACUGCAGCUAAUGCUCUCAGAGCUCUGCUAACUCCUAAACUUGCUAGUAUGCUAAAAGAGCCAUUACCAAAAGAACUACUAUCAAAGUUAAAUGCCAACUUGGAAUCACCAGAGAUUAUUUGGAACUCUUCAACACGAGCAGAACUACUGAAAUUUGUGGACCAACAGCGUGCAAACCAAGGUCCAGAUGGUUCAUAUGACCUGAAAGAUUCACAUCUCUUUGUAUAUGAAGCACUGUCAGCCGAACUAUUUAUUGGCAAUGUUUACCUGAGGGUCUACAAUGAUCAACCAGAUUUUGAGAUUAGUGAACCAGAAGCUUUUUGUUCUGCUCUUGUUGAUUUUAUAUCAUCUCUAGUGCACCAUAGAUAUUCUGCAGAUUCAGAUGUUCAGGCAUGUGGAUCAGCCUCUGAGAAAACUGAACUACAACCCAAUGCUGGCAAUGGAUCAAUUAAUGGACAUACUGCUGCUGAUGAUUCUCCAGCAGUCUCCGAUAGAAAAGUUAUGAGCAAGGAGGAUAUUGAACUUGUUAAGAACCUUCAGUUUGGAUUGGCUUCACUUCAGAACUUACUGACGAGCAGCCCAAAGCUAGCAUCUGAAUUUUCUGCCAAGGAGAAGCUAUUACCACUUUUUGAAUGUUUUUCUGUUCCUGUUGCAUCAAAAAGCAACAUUCCUCAACUUACUUUGACUGUAUUAUCACUCCUGACCACACAUGCACCUUGCUUGGAGGCCAUGGUUGCAGAUGGGUCCAGCCUUCUUCUUUUGCUACAAUUGCUUCGCUCUUCCCCUAAUUGUCGUGAAGGGGCUCUUCAUGUUCUUUAUGCUUUGGCAAGCACUCCAGAACUUGCAUGGGCAGCUGCCAAGCAUGGUGGAGUGGUGUAUAUUCUUGAACUUCUCCUUCCUUUGCAAGAGGAAGUUCCCCUUCAGCAGAGGGCAGCGGCUGCCUCUUUGUUAGGGAAGCUUGUUGGACAGCCAAUGCACGGGCCCAGAGUGGCCAUAACACUAGCAAGAUUUCUGCCUGAUGGCCUAGUAUCUGUUAUUAGAGAUGGACCUGGUGAAGCUGUUGUUUCUGCACUUGAGCAAACAACAGAGACUCCAGAGCUUGUGUGGACACCAGCAAUGGCAGCAUCUUUGUCUGCACAGAUUGCAACCAUGGCAUCAGAUCUAUAUCGUGAACAGGUGAAAGGCAGUGUUGUUGAUUGGGAUGUGCCUGAGCAGGCAUCUGCCCAACAGGAAAUGAGAGAUGAGCCACAGGUUGGAGGAAUCUAUGUCAGGCUAUUCCUGAAAGAUCCUAAAUUUCCUCUUAGAAAUCCGAAGAGAUUUUUGGAAGGACUAUUAGAUCAGUAUCUUUCAUCCAUUGCUGCCACACAUUUUGACCAGGCUUUUGAUCCUGAGCUCCCUCUUCUUCUGUCAGCUGCAUUAGUUUCUUUAUUGCGAGUACACCCUGCCCUUGCUGAUCAUGUUGGAUAUCUUGGAUAUGUGCCAAAACUAGUGUCUGCAGUUGCCUAUGAAGCAAGGCGAGAAUCAAUGUCCUCAGGGGAGAUGAAAAAUGGUGGUUAUGCUGAUGGAAGGUUUGAAACAGAAGACAGUUCGGCACAGCCAAGUUCACCAACUCCACAAGAACGUGUCCGUCUCAGUUGUUUAAGAGUUUUGCAUCAACUAGCAGCUAGUACAACUUGUGCUGAAGCAAUGGCAGCUACUAGUGUUGGAACACCUCAGGUUGUUCCACUUCUAAUGAAAGCUAUUGGAUGGCCAGGAGGAAGCAUAUUAGCACUGGAGACACUAAAACGUGUUGUGGUUGCUGGAAAUCGAGCAAGGGAUGCACUUGUUGCACAAGGACUUAAGGUUGGUCUUGUUGAGGUGCUUCUUGGUCUUCUUGAUUGGAGGGCUGGGGGAAGAAAUGGUAUUUGCUCUCAGAUGAAGUGGAAUGAAUCCGAAGCAUCCAUUGGACGGGUGCUUGCCAUUGAGGUUUUGCAUGCAUUUGCUACAGAGGGGGCUCAUUGUACUAAAGUGCGUGAGAUUUUAAAUGCCUCUGAUGUUUGGAGUGCUUAUAAGGACCAAAAGCAUGAUCUGUUCCUUCCUUCAAAUGCUCAGACAUCGGCUGCUGGUGUCGCGGGCCUAAUAGAGAGUUCCUCAUCGAGGCUUACUUAUGCCCUUACAGCUCCCCAAUCGCAACCUUACCAAGUCAAACCUCCUGCUUCUGCCUCACCCAGCUUGAAUGGAGGGAGGGAGGAUCAGCUUUCGUAGUAGAAACCAAUAGAAAGAAAAGCACACCAUUGCAUUGAUAACUAAUCAACCCCUACGAGUAAAGGCUGAUUGGGCUUUCGAUAUAGAAAGAAUUGAAGAUAUGUAGGCAUAUGAUGGUAUCAAGUUGGUCAAUUGAGUUCUGCAGUAAUUUGUAUAGUGGUCUGUACAGUUGUAAUCUCUCUCUCUCUCUCUCUCUCUCUCUCUCUCUCUCUCUGUGAAAAUAUUUUUAGGUAUAAAGUAAAAAAUGAAGAGUGCCAAUUCUCCUGUCUGAUGCGAAGUGGAGCUAGUGUGUAAAUCAUGCCUUAAUUCCCCAAUUUUCCUAUGUAGUCUUGAGUUGUUGAUUUUGAUUAAUGGAUUUUGCAAUUGUUUUCUUCA